CGAAAUAAAAGCCGGCCUGAAAUCUCAUUUACCGAUCAAAUUCUUUUUCUGUAUGGAAAAUUUCGAAAUGGUUUACCAUAAAUCCUGACGCUAUCGAGGCGGGAAAAGGCGUGGAGAUGUGGGUGUCGGUGAUAGUGUUUCUUCUUGGGGCGCUGACGGUCGUCGGAGCGGAAGCCCUGGGAGCCGUCAUUUUGAUACGAUGGUUGAAUCGGAAGUUAGCUCGAGAAGUAGCAAGAUCCAAGAUCGUCAGAGAGCAAUCAAGUCCGGGAAAUAUUGAUCCCUCUUCCCGCAGAAAGCAGGGCUUUGUCUGGGUUCUAGAUGCAGAAAAAAUCCCAAGAGCUUCUCCUUUGGACAAAGCUUUGAGACAGCAAAAGGGAAAAAAAGAGAUCUUGGAGGUUACACCUAUAAAGAAAUAUGCAAAAUUGAGGGAUCAUUUUCUCAUUUUAACAGAAUCAGAUGCUUCUCACACAGAAAUUGAACUUAAGGGUUGUACAAUAGCAGCUGUAUCUGCAUCAGACUUGUCCUCGAGAAAAUGGGCAAAAAGGUACCCAAUAAAAGUAGAAAGAAAAUCAUCGAUAGUAUACCAAGGAAGUAAAACAAUGUACAUAUAUCUUGAGACAUCUUGGGAGAAGGAAUCUUGGUGUAAAGCUCUAUAUCUUGCUUCCAGUGAGGAUGAAGAGAAAUUAAAGUGGGUCAACAAAUUGAACACAGAAUUCCAGAGUUACCUGAUCUCACUAAAUGCAGUGUAUCCUUCAUUUAUGAAACCAUGUUCACAUAUAAGUACUGAGCCCAUAGAUAAGUCAAAUAAGCUUGAUGGUUCUUCAUCAAAGGUUCGAAAUUUUCUGCGGAAACUUUCCAAGAAAUCUUCUAAGAGUAGCAUUGAAAAUAAGGCAAACUUGUCAAGUCGUGAAGCUCCAACAGAAAAAUCUAUUGAUUGUUCCACUGAGGAAAUUAUUGUCCCUUCAUCACUGGCAACAUUGAAUGCGUCUGCAAGCAGAAAUCAUGUCCCUGUAAUUUCUGAUGUAGAUUCAGAUGAUAGAGCUUCUGAUGAAGGAACUCUAUGUUGGAAUCUGUUAAUAUCAAGGUUGUUCUUUGAUGCUAAACAAAAUGAGGAGAUGAGAACUUCCUUGCAAGCUCGGAUUCAGAGAACAUUAUCCAAUAUGCGAACCCCCACAUACAUAGGUGAGGUGAUAUGCACCACUGUUGAUCUUGGUAAUCUCCCACCAUUUAUUCAUGCAAUGAAGGUUCUUCCUUCCGACAUGACUGAGAUUUGGAUGAUGGAAAUUGAAAUUGAGUAUUCUGGUGGUGCAAUCUUUGAAAUCGAAACCAGGCUUGAAGUUCAGGAUCUUGAGUUACAGGAAGGAGGCCCAGGCAUAGAAGAAUCAAGUUCUUUGGAUGACGUAAAAGCUGAUAUGUUAGAGGGCAUUGAACAGUUCAGAGAAAACUUGAAAUACUCUGAAGAGACCUCUGACUCCUGUGAUCAUAGAGAUGAAGGAGAUGUCAAAGGGGAUGCAAUAAAACACUCCAGAAAUGUGACUGGUGCAGUACCUCAACAAUCUAGAUGGAAAUCUAUCAUACAUUCAAUUGCCAAACAGGUCUCACAGGUUCCACUUACCUUGGGGAUGAGAGUUGCAUCUCUCCGCGGAAUAAUGCGCGUAUUCAUAAAGCCACCACCUUCAGAUCAAAUAUGGUUUGGCUUCACAUCUAUGCCAGACCUUGAUUUUCAAUUUGAACCUUUUGUUGGAGAGCAUAGGAUUGCAAGUGGACAUAUAGCCUUAUUCCUAAUCAGUCGGCUUAAGGUAGCUAUUCGUGAAACUUUGGUUAUUCCAAAUUGUGAAAGUGUAUGCCUAUCAUGGAUGUUAGCUGAAAAGGAGGACUGGAUCCCGCGUAAAUUUGCACCUUUCUUAUGGACCAAUCAAGAAGCGCCGAACACUGAGAACUGGGAAGUGAAACGCUCAGAUGAAGCUAAUAAGGAAAUUGGCAGCAGUUAUUCAGAGAGUUGCGAAGGGCAAAAAAAGGUGGAAUUAUCUUUGAAAAAACCAAAUGAUUCAUCGAACACACGCUCACCCUCACCUGUUGUUGAUAAGCCAACAGUGAAGUAUAGUAGUUCUAUGAAAGAAUUGCAGGUCCCGUUGUUGCAUUCUGAAGAACAGGCGGAAGUAAAUCAACGGAAAAGCACAGAUUCUGCAGAAUAUUACACGAAAUCUAGACAAGUUGAACUGGCAGAGGAACAGAGCCGUAUUUCUGAAGAGGACGAUGGAAGACCUAGAAGACAGGGUACUAGAGCAAAGAUGAUUUCUUUGAGCAAGAAAAUGUCAGAGAAGUUUGAAGAGAAAAAGCGAAAUAUUGAAGAGAAGGGAAGAAACAUUGUUGAAAGAAUGAAAGGACAACAAUGAGUAGCCAAACAAGCAAGAAGUCAACAUAGAAGCUAAGCCAAAUUUGUUUGUAUCAUUUGUUAUUGUAAAUGGAGCAACAAUGCCUGCCUGCAUAUCUGAUAUUUGAUCGAUCGAUUAAUUGAGUGAUGUGAAUCUCCUAAGAUUUGAAAUUUAAAGAUUUCAAGAAUUUCCCAUACUAAGUGCCUUGCUGUAUAUGAUGCUUCAGAUUUAGGUAGGAAUCAAAAGAAAACUGUGUAGAAAGAAAAAUGUAUAGACAGUGCCAUAGUGCGUGCUAAAUCCAUGACUUUCAUGGAAUAAAUUUUACUAUCUGUUUGGUACUC